CGGCCUCCCAGUACAGACUGGUUACAGACUCGAGCGAGGUGGACGUUCCAGCCGCCUAGGAUGAGGAGGUGCGGCCGCCACUCGGGGUCGCCAUCGCAGCUGCUGCUGCUGCUGCUGCUGCUCUCGUCGCUGCUGCUCGCGCUGUCCGGCGCUGGCGCGGCCCAGCUCUCCGUGCUCUACUCAUCCUCAGACCAGCUGACGCUGCUGGAUGCGAACACGGUGCGCCAGACCGUGCUCGGCUCCAGCAGCGCCUGGGCCGUGGAGUUCUUUGCCUCCUGGUGUGGCCACUGCAUCGCCUUCGCCCCGACGUGGAGGGAGUUAGCCAACGACGUGCGGGACUGGAGGCCGGCACUGAACCUUGCUGCCCUGGACUGUGCUGCUGAGACCAAUAAUGAUGUCUGCAGAGACUUCAGCAUCACCGGCUUCCCAACUGUGAGGUUUUUUAAGGCCUUCUCCAAGAAUGGUUCUGGAACAACAUUGUCAGGUGGGUCUAACGUGCAGACGCUACGUAGGAGGCUCAUUGAUGCUCUGGAGUCCCACCGUGACAAAUGGCCCUCAUCCUGUCCACCUCUGCAUCCUGCCAAGAUGAAGGAGAUCAAAGAAUUCUUUGCAAAAAAUAACACAGAGUACCUGGCCCUGAUCUUUGAAGACAAAGACUCCUACGUGGGCAGAGAGGUAGCUCUGGACCUCUCCCAGCAUGACGUACCACUGCGCAGGGUCUUAAAUACAGAGAGCUACGUGGUGAGCAAGUUUGAUGUCACUGACUUUCCCUCGUGCUACCUGCUGUUUCGGAAUGGCUCUCUCUCCCGAGUGCCUGUGCUGAUGGAGUCCAGGCCUUUCUAUACAUCCUACCUGCGGGGACUGUCCGGACUGUCCAGGGAGGCUCCCCCGACCACAGCUGCGCCAGUCUCUGCUGAUAACAUAGCUCCCACUGUGUGGAAGUUUGCAGACCACUCCAAGAUCUACAUGGCCGACCUGGAGUCCUCACUUCAUUACAUCCUGCGCGUAGAAGUGGGAAAGUUCUCAGUUCUGGAGGGACAUCGCCUGAUGGCCCUGAAAAAGUUUGUGGCAGUAUUGGCCAAGUACUUCCCUGGCCGGCCUUUGGUCCAGAAUUUCCUGCACUCCAUAAAUGACUGGCUUCACAAGCAGCCGAGAAAGAAGAUCCCCUAUAGUUUCUUUAGAGCUGCUCUGGACAACAGGAAGGAGGACGCUGUUCUUGUUGAGAAGGUGAACUGGGUUGGCUGCCAGGGCAGUGAGCCACAUUUCCGGGGCUUUCCCUGCUCCCUAUGGGUCCUCUUCCAUUUCCUGACUGUGCAGGCAAGUCGGCAUAGUGAAACUCACCCACAAGAACCAGCUGAUGGCCAGGAGGUCCUCCAAGCCAUGCGGAACUAUGUCCGGUUCUUCUUUGGCUGUAGAGACUGCGCUGACCAUUUUGAGCAGAUGGCUGCUGCCUCUAUGCACCGGGUGACAAGUCCCAGAAAUGCCGUUCUCUGGCUCUGGACUAGCCACAACAGGGUUAACGCUCGCCUCUCAGGUGCUCCGAGUGAGGACCCCUACUUCCCCAAGUUGCAGUGGCCACCCCGUGAACUGUGUUUGGCCUGCCAUAAUGAACUCAAUGGACAGGAGCCUGUGUGGGACCUCGAUGCCACCUUCAACUUUCUCAAGGCUCACUUCUCUCCAGUAAACAUUGUCAUGGACUCUCCUGCAGCUGGACCAGCAGCCCAGAGGGGUCCCCAGAAUCCUGAAGCUACCCCAGAGCUGGUAAUGGAUGCAUUAGAACUGGAGAGCAGAAAUUCAGUGCUGGGCCAUGAGCAGGCUGCUUCUGCAGAGCCCCCUGGAGCUACUGCCCUAGAUGUUCCAGCUGAGAAGGCUGAAGCAAGUGGCCCCCAGGAACUUUACACAGGCCUCAGGAUGAGUGGAGCUCCAGCAGGGCAGGGCCCUCCUGAGCACGUGGAAGAGCUUCAGAGAGACACGCAGGAACAUGCCCAGGGGUGGCAGCCCUUGAGCAAGAGAGAUACUGGGGCCUUAUUGCUGCCUGAGGUGAACCACCUCCAAGGCCCUUUAGAGCUAAGGCGAGGGAGCCGCAGCCCCAAGCAGCUAGCCAGCAUACCUGAAGGGGAACCAGAGGCCCGAGCUGUACAGGGCCAAGGCCCGUGGUUACAGGUUCUGGGAGGGGGGUUUUCCCACCUGGACAUUAGCCUCUGUGUGGGGCUCUACUCUGUGUCCUUCAUGGGCUUGCUAGCCAUGUACACCUACUUCCGGGCCAGAAUGAGGAUCCUGAAAGGCCAUGCUAGUCACCCCAUAGCCUGAACUGUCCAAGAAGAGGGCAGGAAUGGAGAUUUUUUUGGCCCCCUGGCACCCUUGCUUCCCCUCUACUCCUGGUUCGAUUUUCUAGCUUAGGAGAGUAGCAGGUCCAAGAAAGCUAGUUGUUGCGUGGACCCGUGGUCUAUUGUGAAGGGCUCCAUAGACCAGACAGGAACGGGGUUCCAGUGUCGUCUGACCAGCAUGGGGAAGGGACAGCCUAAGGCAGAGGUCGGGGGGUUCUGGGAGGCUCAGGCCCU